CACCAUGCCGAUGUACCAGGUAAAGCCCUAUCAUGGAGGCAGCGCACCUCUGCGUGUAGAGCUGCCAACCUGCAUGUACCGGCUCCCCAACGUGCACAGCAAGACCACCACUCCCGCGACCGACGCGGGCCACGUGCAGGCACCAGAGUUUUAUUUUGUGCUGGAGAUGGAAUCCAGACCCUCGAGUAUGCUAAGUGAGAGCUCUACACCAGGCUGCAUCUCCAGCCCUGUCUGGUUGUGAAACACCUGAGCCAUCUUUGCAAGCCCUUGAAUCCCGCCAAGAUGAUAUUUUAAAGCGCUUAUAUGAGUUAAAGGCAGCAGUGGAUGGCCUGUCAAAGAUGAUUCACACUCCAGAUGCAGACUUGGACGUAACUAACAUCCUGCAAGCUGAUGAGCCCACGACUUUAACCACAAAUGCACUGGACUUGAAUUCCGUGCUCGGAAAGGAUUAUGGGGCACUGAAAGACAUCGUGAUCAACGCAAACCCAGCCUCCCCGCCCCUCUCCCUGCUUGUGAUGCACAGUCUGCUCUGUGAACGCUACAGGGUCCUGUCCACGGUGCACACACAUUCGUCAGUCAAGAACGUACCCGAGAAUCUUCUCAAGUGCUUCGGGGAGCAGGCUAGAAAACAGUCCCGCCACGAGUAUCAGCUGGGCUUCACUUUGAUUUGGAAGGAUGUGCCCAAGACACAGAUGAAGUUCAGGGUACAGACAAUGUGCCCCAUCGAAGGAGAAGGGAGCAUCGCUCGCUUCUUGUUCUCUCUGUUUGGCCAGAAGCAUAAUGCUGUCAACUUAACACUCAUCGACAGCUGGGUGGAUAUCGCUAUGUUUCAGCUGAAAGAAGGCAGCAGUAAAGAAAAAGCAGCCGUUUUCCGCUCCAUGAACUCUGCUCUGGGGAAGAGCCCGUGGCUGGUUGGGAAUGAGCUCACUGUGGCAGAUGUGGUGCUGUGGUCUGUGCUCCAGCAGACUGGGGGUGGCAGUGGGGCAGCGCCCACCAAUGUGCAGCGGUGGCUUAAGUCCUGCGAGAACCUGGCUCCCUUCAGCACUGCUCUGCAGCUCCUUAAGUGAAUCCUAGCAACCCUUAUGUUUCAGGGUUCAACAUAAGAAUAGUACGGCUUCCGGUUUGCUGUCAGGAAAGGGACUUGUAGAAUCACAACCUUUUCACUAAGCCAGUUGUCAGGCAUUAAUAAAAGCACCGUAAUCUA